UCGAGAGAACGUGCGAUGGGUGAGCUACAAUACCCGGGGGCUCCUAGUGUGGACGACGAGAGACAGUACAGGGCGCCCUUCAGGCGCACGCCGCAGUACCGGUGGCCGUCGCAGCCUCCGCAGCCCUCAGCCUUCGCGCCCUGGCGCCGCGCGCCCGCCCCGCCGCGGCCGCCCGACUACCGCCGCAGCGCUAGCUACCCGGGCAAACCUGACGAACCCUACCAGGAACGCACAGGGCUAGAAAACAUGAGGACCUUAGAGCACUACCUGACAGAUAUCAUGCGGGCCGACACGUCAGACCCCAUGAAAGGCAAGUCGCCGUUUUUCCCCGGCGUGGAGGAGGCGGCGCUGGCGAGCGGCGGGGCCGCGGGCUCGCCCUCUGUGCCCUCCGACCAGGCGCAGGAUGUUGUGUCGCGACUCAGCGCUGCCGGUCUCUCGAUGUGCGUGUCGGCGCUGGGGUCGCCGGCGCGCUCGUCGCCCGUCUCGGCGGGCUCGGAGCACGGCGAGCGCUUCAGCCGCAAGGUGUUCGUGGGCGGCCUGCCGCCUGACAUCGACGAGGAUGAGAUCACCUCCUCUUUCCGGCGGUUCGGACCUCUGGUGGUGGACUGGCCCCACAAGGCCGAGAGCAAGAGCUACUUCCCACCCAAGGGCUACGCGUUCCUACUGUUCCAGGACGAAAGCUCUGUCGCAGCGCUGAUGGAGGCUUGCAUCACAGACGACGACAAGCUGUACCUCUGCGUGUCAUCGCCCACCAUCCGCGACAAGCCGGUCCAGAUCCGCCCCUGGCGACUAGCUGACGCCGACUUCGUACUUGACGCCUCCAUGCCACUGGACCCUAGGAAGACAGUGUUCGUUGGAGGCGUUCCUCGCCCGCUUAAAGCUGCCGAACUGGCGAUGAUCAUGGACCGGCUGUACGGAGGCGUGUGCUACGCCGGCAUCGACACCGACCCCGAACUCAAAUACCCCAAGGGCGCGGGGCGCGUGGCGUUCUCCAACCAGCAGUCCUACAUCGCGGCCAUCUCUGCGCGCUUCGUGCAACUGCAGCAUGGCGACAUUGACAAGCGAGUCGAGGUGAAGCCGUACGUGCUGGAUGAUCAGAUGUGUGAUGAGUGCGCCGGCGCGCGCUGCGGCUCUAAGUUCGCGCCAUUCUUCUGCGCCAACGUCACCUGUCUCCAGUACUACUGCGAGCACUGCUGGGCCACCAUCCACUCGCGGCCGGGGCGCGAGUUCCACAAGCCGCUCGUCAAGGAGGGCGCCGACCGCCCGCGCGCCGUGCCCUUCCGCUGGUGUUAGUGCUGUCCCGCUCGCACCGUCCGCCCUCCCGCUCGCACCGCACCGUCCGCGCGGCGAUGCCACAGUAACCAGUAGUGCUCGAGUAACCACCGUUCUAGUGGUGAGGUAACCACUAGUCUAGUAGUCGAGUAAACACUAGUCUAGUGGUCGAGUAACCACUAGUUUAGUAGUCGAGUAACCACUAGUCUAGUGGUGAGGUAACCACUACUGCGGGCCUAUGGUGCUUGCUAUAUUAUCACUUAUCUACGUUGAUAAAGCAUCCGUCAUCUGGCAAGUACGUCAAUGUGAGAGUGACAGGUGUCUUAUCCACGUUGAUAAGUGGUAAAAUUGCAAGCAUAAUCGCCCUCUUGGUGAAGAACCGUUGAAAAUGACAUGUAUUGUACAUGUCGUUGUAUGACGAUGUAUUUUUCAUGUCAAACGAUGUCAUGAAAAAUACAUGUAUUUUUCAUAUCAUUUUCUACGCUAUGGUGAAGUAACCACUAGUGGUAAACCAUCACUAGCGUACUACAGUAAUUAGGCAAUUAGUAAGGUAACCACUAGUUACCACUUAUGGCAAAGUUAUUUCACCACUAGUGAUGUGAAGUAACCACUAGUGGUAACCCCGCCAGUAAUGAAAUAACCGCUAAACCUCUGUAUUUGAAGUAACCAAUCGUAACAUAUCUAAGACGGUCAUGAUGUUAAACGGUUACAGUUAUAGAAGGUCACAUUAGAUGCAAUAACCACUUGUAAUACUUCACUAAAACGUAAUAAAGUUAAAUUUUACAUUAUAGGACAAUUGUUUGCCUAAUCACUAAUGUAUCUCAACAGUUUUCGUAACCACAAUCGUAAAGAAAGUGUUAUAAAUAUUAAAUAUCAGUUAAAACCAUUUGCAAAAUUCAUCCUAUGAUAUAAAUGUAGAGAAAUUUUUAAAACUAUUUAAAUGAACGAUUUUGGUUACGGCAAAACGUUAACACUAGUGGUUACUUUAACAAUAAAGAUAUUGGCACCAGUGGUUACAUUAACACUAAUGGUUACAACACUAGUGGUUACGCUCUCGCGCCACGUGCUCUGCGCACUUUACACUCGAAAUGUGACCAAAAAUAUGGCUGUUAACAUCUCGAAUAGGCCAAAGGCCGAACAAGACGUAGUUCAUAAGCCCAACCCAAACCACAUCGGAGGUAAGGCACUGGUCCCAUUGCGAGCUAGUAAACUUUGAGCUAUCGGCUAUAAAAACGA